AUGGAUGAGGUGGAGCGACUGCUGAUAGCAGGUCUUGACAUCGAGGCUAAAGACGACAGUUGGUACACACCGCUGCAUCUGGCCGCGGAGUCUGGCCACCUCACCGUGGUGAACCGGCUCAUUGCCGCUGGCGCCGCCCUCGAGGCGACCGACUGGUUUGGCGCGAUGCCCCUCUCCUGGGCGGCCGCUCAUGGCCACUCGGAGGUGGCGCAGCGGCUCAUCGAGGCCAGGGCCGAUCUCGAGGCCAAGGACGAUGGUGGUCGGACGCCACUCCACUGGGCGGCCGAAAAGGGCCAUUGGGAGGUGGCACAGCGGCUCAUCGAGGUCAGGGCCGAUCUCGAGGCCAAAGGCAAAGAUGGUUGGACGCCCCUCAACAUUGCGGCUGAAAAGGGCCAUUGGGAGGUGGUGCUGCCGCUCAUCGAGGCCAGGGCCAACGUCGAGGCCAAGGACCAUGCUGGUCGGACGCCAUUCCACUGGGCGGCCUUUGAGGGCCACUGUGAGGCGGCGCGGCGGCUCAUCGAGGUCAGGGCCGAUCUCGAGGCCAAGGAUGAGGAUGGCAAAACCCCAUGGGACUUGGCCAAAAGCAAUGGCGACGAGGAUGUCAUGGGUGUUUUGCGCCCUGUCCAGGUGGGCCUGCUGAGUGGUCGCACUGUUUGUUGUGACCCGAAUCCCGGUCGCACUGUUCGCGAGCUGCGAGAAGAAGCCCAGUCUAAGCUUGGGCCUGGGUUCCAGAUCCAACAGCUCCUCACAGGCUCUGGACAAAUACUGAAAGACCCUUUGACGCUACAAAAAGCUGGCAUCACUUACGGGGACUUCGUUACGGCCAUUGCCCUGGCCUCAGGACAUCCAGUGGCAGGAGAAGCAGCACGAGCACCAGAAGAUCACUCCUCAUCGCUGGCGGAACCUUCUAGCAGCACGGACGCCACGGUGAACGACACAAAGAGAUGUUCUAGUUGA